UUUCAACUGCAUUGGUUGGCCCCGACAAGGCGCCCCACAAUUAGCCUACUGAUCCCCCUAAGCAAACUUAAUCUCCGAAAAACGAAAACACGACGAGACCGAGAACGACGAGAAAAAGCCAUAAAAACUUAACAAAUCUGCCAGUUUAGCACAAAGGGCCGCUUAACUUUUAAUGACGCGACGGGGUAAUUUUAUUGCCAAAGUCGUGGUCGUGGCCUGAUAACAGUGAUAACAAAGUAGCCGCGUUAACCGAAACUUUCACACUUUCCGAAACCGAAAUCAAGAGCCGUAAUCGUAAAACGCGGCCCGGCCAAGUGUUGAAAUUUAUGAGUUCACAAUCGUAAUUGAAUUUUAUGCGAAAACUUGGCGAGCUGUUUUCUCUGGGAUUAUUGUGGCAAUAAAACGGAAAAACAUACAAAUAAAGGCCCAGAGCAUAACGUAAAUUGCCGCCAAAAAUUGGUCCAAAGCACAUGAGUUGCAGAGCCGACUUUCAUCAGUGAACGUGGCGCAGCAUCCACUGGAGAAAAGCCCAAUGAAAAGUUUGGUUGCCCCCGAACCAAUUCGAAACCAGUACCCAGAGUGGAGCAAGUGAACCCCUGCGGCUACCACCCACCACCCACUCUAGUCAAAUUUAAUAAAGGCAGAGCUUUCGUCUCGCCUUUCUGGUGGUGACUGCCGAUGUCCUGAAUUGUCCUGGCGGGCACACACCGAGUGCGACAAAAGCCGCCCGCAGCGUUUUUAUAUGCGCCCAUAAUUCAAAGCCCCACAGAGCAUCAACAACAACACCCGCCGCCAAAAGUUAAUGCCCAAAAGCGAAGCCGCCGCAAUGAUAACCAACAAUAAUUUGGAUUAUGACCAGAGCAGUGCCAGUAGCACCACCAUAGUGCCGACAGCCACAUCCACAACGCCGAACACCGCAGGAGCCAUGGGUGGUGGCGGCAAUCGGAAUGGCAGCACCAGCAGUAGCAACAACACCUCGCCCACGGCGGACAACUCUAACUCGAACUCGAAUUCAAAUUCCAAUUCCAAUCCCAAUUCAAACUCAAAUUCAAAUUCAUAUUUCAAUCGGUUCGAUAACCGAAUUGCUGCCAAUUUAGCAGCGGUUUUAACCGGAGCAGGAGCCCGCUUUCGAUCAUCGUCCUGCAACAAUCGCCCACAGGCUGCACACAAUACAGCCACCUUGAGAUCCCCACUGGCCACGAUUAGCCGUGGCAGGACCUCCCUGGCCACGCCAUCGUCACCAGCUUCCUUAGGACGUCGCCGACCUCUUCAGUUAUUCACGCAUGCCAACCUCAACUGCAAUGACAACGAGAAGGUGGCCCAGACGCCCAGUUCUGAUGAAGACAACUCGCCCACCGAGCUGAACAAUUGCAAACGACUGGCUGACAAGCCUCCUUUGGUCAAGCGCUUGACCAUGGGUCUUUUGCGGCACAAUGAAGAAUCGCGCCCUUUGGUGGGUAACAUGACGCCAUUGACGGCGCCCCUGGAUAGCCAUCCGGUGUAUUCCAACGGAUAUAUCAACGAGGACUCCUAUAUCGACAGCAAGUUCGGUGAUUCCUGCCGGCAAUCCUUGACAGCCAUCCCAAUGCUGGACAAUGUCAACCUGAACGACAACAACGAAUUCAACAUGAAGAAAAGAUAUUUAAGAGAGACCAGUAGCGCCAACUCCAGUCCCAAGAUUUUCGCCAAUCGCCUGCGGAUGAAUCAGGGAGCCAGCGGGCAGCGCAGCAGUAGCCUGGCCAACACUUUUGGCAACGAGGAGGAGGAGGGCGACCUGAAGGAUGCCUGUUGGUAUCAGGCGGGAAUCUCCAGGGAUAUUGCCGUCGAGGUCCUGCAAAACAAGAGCCCAGGGGCGUUUCUGGUGCGCAAGAGCAGCUCCAAGCCAGGGUGCUACGCCCUGACAUUGAGAGUUCCAUCGCCACCUGGGCCAAAAAUAGCUAACUAUAUUAUACUACGAUCUGCCAGAGGAUUCAAAAUUAAGGGCUUUCGCAAGGAGUUCUCCAGUCUGAAGGCCCUGAUCACCCACCACUCGGUGAUGCCCGAACUGCUGCCCGUCCCCCUGGCUAUGCCCCGUCCCACAAACAUGUCCUCCUCAAGGCGCAACCUCGACGACUUUGAUACCUAUGACUCGCUCCAGAUGCUGCUGAAGUAUCUGCGUGCCAAGAACAUGGAGACGGAACAGCACCAGUAGCUAAUGGAGGAAAUCGAUCAACUGGUGGCGCAAAAUUACAUUUAAGUUCUGGAAUGGCAAAACUAUUUUGCUGGAUUCGAACCGAUAUACCAACAAAUGUGAUACUCUAUGAAAAAGAAAAACACAGACACUGCAAAUGAAACGCCUAGCUGAUAAACGGUGAAAUUAUCUAUAGUUUAGUUUUAGUUACUUUUCGGUUAAGUUGUUUUUUGUGGUGUGGUAUUUAUCAAGUUAACCAUUAAAAGGGUGAACAGUGCGGAAAAUAAGUG